AUGAGGUGUACCUUUCGAAUGACAAAUAUUAGUGAAUCACUGAAUAUUAAAUUAUAUCUAAAAACAUUUUGGAUGGAUUAUCUGGUUAUGGUCAUUCUAGGAGCUGUUGCACUCGGCGUAAAUUUUCUUAGACCAGUGCCUAAUCGUCUGUUUCCAGUUUAUUUUCGUGAUGGUGAAAUUGUAAAUCCUGAAUUUGCCUAUCCAUUUCGUAACAAUAUUAUUCCCUCUUGGUUAGAUGCUUUUAUCGCUUUUAUUGUCCCAUUUCUGUUUAUUAUGCUGGCACAAAUUCGUGUUCGUAGCUUUAACGAUGCUAAUACAGCUAUUAUGGGUUUAUUAUUUAGUCUACUAACUGCAACCAUUUUUCAAGUCUGUAUCAAAUGGUUAAUUGGUGGACUGAGACCUCAUUUUCUUUCUGUAUGUAAACCGAAUAUUACAGCAGCAAAUGUUGGUAGUGGACAUGGUUUCGGUGGAAUAAUGUUUGAUCGUUCUAUUUGUAUAGGGGAUGAAAAACAAAUAAAUUAUGCUCUUGCAUCAAUGCCAUCAGGACAUGCAACUGCUGCAUUCGCAGGACUUCUGUAUUGUUCAUAUUAUCUCAAUGGAAAAUUAAAAGUUUUCGCAAACUAUCGUCCACAAUACUGGAAACUCGUUUUGUUUUUUACGCCUAUUCUUGGUGCAGUUUUAAUUGCUGCUACUUUAUCAAUUGACCAUUACCAUCAUUGGUAUGAUAUAUUAGUAGGAGGAAUUAUUGGGUCAAUGAUGGCAACAGGUGCAUAUAGAUUUCAGUACGCAAGUAUCUGGGAUUAUAGAUUCAAUCAUAUACCACUACCUCGAGUAGGAGCUGAAAUUGGUUAUAAUUAUGGUCUUGAUGAGUUUAAUGUGAUGCCAGGAUCAAGAAAAGGUGGAUGGAAUGAAACUAAAAAUCAAAUAUAUGGUGCACCAUUUGAUGCGUAUACAAAUGUAGUGAAAAUGACGCCUGUUUCGUACGUAAAUGUGGUUGUGUAA